AUUUAUUUCGCUUAUUCUCUCUACUUUCUGUCUUUUCUUUUUCUUUUUCCUUUUUUUUUUUUUUCUCUGCAAAUUAUUCUCUCCGCUUUCACUACAGCCACAGCCUCCUGCUAUGUUUGAUUAUAUAGAUUUGGCCUUCCAAUCAGCCACCACUCUCUCUCUCUCUCUCUCUCUCUCGAUGGCCAAUCACUUCUCUUUAUGUCUUAUAGGAGCCAUGGAUCGUCUUUGGUUCCACCAAAUUAUUCUUUUCUCAGAACCCAUCUCACAACUAAGCCUCUCUUCACCACCUUUUCCAGAUGAUGAAAUUUCAUCGGCCAUGUCGUCACUUCUUCCAGAUGAAGAAAUCUCUUUGAGCUCAUCUCCAAGCAGCUCUCCACUGGAUGAUUCCAACAACGAAGACGAAGGGAUGAAUAUGAUCAGCCAGAAGGAAAGAUCGACAAGAUUGCAUCUUAUCAGAAACAGGUCAGAUUCUUCAUCAUCUCCAUCAACUCAAUCAUGUACGUCCAAAAAUGUUAGAAGGAGAUUACAUAAAACCAUGAGCUGCAAGACCUUGGGGGAGCUGGAGCUUGAAGAAGUUAAGGGGUUCAUGGAUCUGGGCUUCAUAUUCAAGAAAGAAAACUUAAGCCCACGAAUGAUGAGCUUAGUCCCAGGCUUGCAGAGACUCGGUGAGAUUAAAGAAGCAGUCAAAGAUGAUGAAAGUGAAGAAGAAGAAGGGAAGGAGAAGCGGGUUGUGAGGAGGCCGUAUUUAUCGGAGGCAUGGUUUAUAAAAAGAUCCGAUUCGCCACUCUUAAAUCUAAGGAUGCCAAGGGCCUCUACAGCUGAUGAUAUGAAGAAAAAUAUCAGAUUUUGGGCAAGAACUAUUGCGUCAGCUGUAGUCCAGCAGGAAUCUUAGUUGAAAGUAGUUCAACCGUAAAAACAGUCUGUUUUAUGUUGUAUAUAUCAAGUUAUCAACCAAUUUUCCACUGCCUAAAUUAACUUUCGUUACCUUUCAA